AUGGAUCCGCUUCAACCCAGUGACUCGGCCGCAAAUCGCGGUCCGAGGGGAACUACUCGAAAGAGAUCAAGAGAUCCUGAUGAUAUGUCUUCUCCGGGGCCGCUGCCGCCUUCCAGCCCAGCGACCGCACUUGGGUCUUCUCCUCCACCGAUGCCAUUCGAUAUGGGAGAUGAGGAUGAAGAAGGUGAAGGCGACGAGGUGCAAGACAUCGAUGAUAUUGAUGAAUUGGCCGAAGAUGAGGAUGGAAUUGAUCUGUUCGGAGACAAUUUUGAGCGGGAUUAUCACGACGCAGCGCAAGAUCGCUACCAGAAUGAAGGGUACAUUGAUGACGAGGAGGAGCAUGAUGAGCUGGAUGCUGCGACCCGUCGACAGCUAGAUGCUCGGUUGAAUAAGAGAGAUCGAGAGCUUGACCGUCGCCGCCGCAUGCCUGCCGCCUUCUUGCAGGACGAUGAUGACAUGGACAUGGACCUGUCGCGCCAACCACGACGACGGAGACACCACUACGAUGAGGACCGCGAGGAUAUCGAUAUGGCAGACGAGGGAAUGGAAGAGCUGUCACUGGAAGAGUUGGCAGAUGUGAAGGCGGCCAACAUUACGGACUGGGUGAUUCAGCCCCAGGUCCUUCGUUCCAUCUACCGUGAAUUCAAGGCCUUCUUGACCGAGUUCAUCGAUCCCACCGGUCAAUCAGUCUACGGGAACCGGAUCAAGACCCUUGGUGAAGUGAACUCGGCGUCGCUGGAGGUGUCUUACGCCCACCUGAGUGAAACCAAGGCGGCUCUGUCGUACUUCCUCGCCAACGAACCUACCGAGGUUCUGAAAGUGUUCGAUCAAGUCGCACUGGAUGUCACACUGUUCCACUACCCGCAAUACCAUGACAUCCAUAACGAGAUCCACGUCCGCAUCACCGAUGUGCCCAUCAUCUACACCCUGCGCCAGCUGCGUCAGUCGCAUCUGAACUGUCUUGUCCGCGUUGGUGGAGUUGUCACUCGCCGUUCGGGUGUUUUCCCGCAGCUGAAAUAUGUGAUGUUCCUCUGCCAGAAGUGUGGUAUCACGUUGGGUCCCUUCCAGCAGGAAGCUAGCUCAGAGGUGAAGAUCUCAUUCUGUCAGAACUGCCAGAGCCGCGGCCCCUUUACCGUCAACUCCGAGAAAACGGUCUAUCGCAACUACCAAAAAUUGACUCUGCAGGAAUCACCCGGCUCCGUUCCUGCAGGACGACUGCCACGUCAGCGCGAGGUCGUCUUGCUUGCCGACCUGAUUGAUACUGCUAAACCCGGCGAUGAAAUCGAAAUCACCGGUAUUUACCGGAACAGCUACGAUGCCCAGCUGAACAACAAGAAUGGAUUCCCGGUGUUUGCCACCAUUAUUGAGGCCAACCAUGUGGUCAAGGCCCAUGACCAGCUGGCUGGUUUCCAUCUGACGGAAGAAGACGAGCGCGAGAUUCGAGCUCUGUCCCGUGACCCCGAGAUCGUGGACAAGAUUGUUCGCUCCAUGGCGCCCAGUAUCUACGGACAUCAGGAUGUCAAGACCGCUGUCGCUCUAUCGCUAUUUGGUGGCGUCAGCAAGCAGGCCCAGGGCAAGAUGUCUAUUCGUGGCGAUAUCAACGUCCUGCUGCUUGGUGACCCUGGUACGGCCAAAUCGCAGGUGCUCAAGUAUGUGCAGAAGACCGCGCAUCGUGCUGUCUUCGCUACUGGUCAAGGUGCUAGUGCCGUCGGUUUGACAGCCAGUGUGCGCCGGGAUCCUCUGACUAGCGAAUGGACGCUGGAAGGUGGUGCACUGGUGCUCGCCGACCGAGGAACUUGCCUGAUCGAUGAAUUCGACAAGAUGAACGACCAGGAUCGGACGUCGAUUCACGAAGCCAUGGAGCAGCAGACCAUCUCCAUCUCCAAGGCCGGUAUUGUGACCACGCUCCAGGCGCGCUGUGCUGUCGUGGCCGCCGCCAACCCUAAGGGUGGCCGCUACAACGGAGCAGCGCCCUUUGCAGAGAACGUCGAACUGACUGAGCCUAUCCUGUCCCGUUUCGAUAUCCUCUGUGUGGUGCGUGACCUGGUCGAGCCUACCGAGGAUGAGCGCCUGGCCAACUUUGUGAUCGAGUCCCACCACCGCGCUAACCCAGCCCGGCCCAUGCGAAACGACCAGGGUGACCUGGUCGAUACGUACGGUCACCUCAUCGAUGAAGAAGGCUUCCGUCUGGAUAAGGAAGGUAACAGGCUGCCUCCAUCUCCCGAAGAAGUUUCUCAGCGUGCGGCAGAGCAACAAAAAACAGAAGAAGAGAAGGAGGGCGAGAUCCCCCAGGAGCUACUGCGGAAGUACAUUCUGUAUGCCCGCGAGCGUUGCCACCCGAAACUCUAUCAAAUCGACCAGGACAAGAUUGCUCGUCUAUUUGCGGACAUGCGCCGCGAGUCUCUGGCCACUGGAGCGUAUCCCAUCACGGUCCGUCACCUCGAAGCCAUCAUGCGUAUUGCCGAGGCGUUCUGCAAGAUGCGUCUAUCGGAGUACUGCUCCGCUCAGGAUAUUGAUCGGGCCAUUGCCGUGACCGUUGACUCAUUCGUUGGCAGCCAGAAAGUCAGCUGCAAAAAAGCUCUCUCGCGAGCCUUUGCCAAAUACACUCUGUCCAGACCUAAGCCCCAAUCGAAGCGUCGUGCAGGCAUCCCGGUUCCCAACCCUCAUCUGCCGCGGUCUGUGCCCACUGCGCGGUAA